AUGAGCGCCCAGAAUGAACUGGCUACAGUAGAAAUUCAAUGCAUUCCAGAUAAUCGAAAUGCCAUUUCUGGGGUGUUGAACGUCAAAAGAGCACGUUUUGAUAUUGAAACCAACAGCAUAGGAGAGACAACAAAAAGAGCACCAAUCAAUCUAGUACUCAUUCUCGAUCGUAGUGGUUCGAUGAGACACAAUCAGAAAAUCAUAUUCGCAAAAAGGGCCAUCAGCUCUGUACUUAAUCUGCUCCAUGACGAUGAUGUUGUUCAUCUUGUCGCAUAUGAUAGUGAAGCGUCUAUCAUUUUUGAAAAUGCACGUGCAUCUGCUCGUCAAGCUCUUCAUCCUGUUAUAGACAAGAUCGAGACUGGUGGCUCUACAAACAUUUCAGGUGGUAUCGAUGUAGGUGCUAAUUUACUUGAGAAAUACACAUAUCAUGGAUUCUCACGUCGGAUGUUCGUCUUUUCUGAUGGACACGCUAAUAUUGGACUGAAAACAAGAGGCGAACUCACAAACCUGGUUGCUGGAUACAAUAAAAAAGGAAUCAUAACUGAUUCAUUUGGGAUUGGUGCUGAUUUCGAUGCCGAGAUUAUGAAGGGUAUUGCUGACUCUGGUGGAGCUAAAUUUUUCUUUCUUGAAUCAGCUCAAGUAAUUGAAUCACUAGUAACGAAGGCUCUUAUGAGUGUGUUUGCUGUAUGUGGAUCACAAGCUCGUCUUAUUGUUCGCGGUCAAAAUGGUGCUGUUGUCACAAAGAUCUGGGGUCAUGAGAAUAUUAUCGCUGGUGCGAGUCUUGGAGAUCUUCAUAAUAAUAACAUGCGAUCGAUUCUUUGUGAAUUUACGACUGCUGGAACAGCGAAGCCUAGUGAAGCAGAAGUUGAGACUCUCGCGUAUGAGCUGAGAUAUAAUCGACCACAUGAACCCAAUGGUGAAGCGAUAGUGAUAAAAGGCACACUCUUGCUCAGGUUUGUGGAAGAUGAGUCGCUCGUAACAAAGAUCGAUCCUCGUGUGAAGUGCAUGCAUACUAUUCAAAUGGCUGCCGACAUGGAUUCAAAAACCGCACAAUUGGUGAAAGAAGGCAAGACUAAAGAAGCCGUUGAUCUGGUCACUCAACAAAUUGCGCUGCUCAAAGAUGCUGAGAGCUCUGACGACGAGAAGGGAAUGAUUCGGACAUUGAUUCGAAUGGCUGAAAAUAUGCACAAUAGGCUUAAGGACGAAAGCGUGGACAGACAGAUUAUUUAUCAUGGAUGCCAACAUCAGAUUAUCCUUUAUCAUGGUAAGCCACAACUGAUAUUUUCAAUAUUUUUAAAUUCAAUUAACAAGCCCAAUGCUGAUUUGAAAACAUUAUCAAAGGGUGAUUUGUACUUACUUAUUAGUUCACUUUUAAAAGCUUUGGAUGAUAUUGAUUCAUCGGUUACUAAUAAAACAGCAAAUUUAAUUCGUCAAUUUAAAGAAGCAUAUCCGGAUACAAAAUUAAUUCUUACGACAUUGCCACUUUUAGGUAUUCUGGGUUUGAAAUCAUCAAUUGAUCAGGUUAGAGCUGAUAACGACGAAUAUAACAGUCGGUUGUUGGCGUUAUAUGAUGAUAUUGAUGUAUUGAUGUAA